AUGGCAUCAUCGAGCAAUACUCUCUCUUCUGUGGUUUCGAACCUGGUCCGCGCCCAAAUGGGUACAUCGCUAGCGCCGACGGUGACAGACGAAGACCUCGACCGGCACGUUGCAGAGCUCAUCUUGAAGGAGGCUAAAAAGAAAGCUGAGCGUUAUGACCAACAAGGAAUCCGUGCUUUAAUUUCCAAUAACAUUGACUCCAAUGCGCCGAGACCGAACAAGCGGUUCCUAACUUCCAUCAUCAAGAGCACGGAUGAGCAUAACAAGACGGUGUUGAGGGCACAAGCGUUGGCUGCUGAAGAAGUCAAACGAGAGCGAGCAGAGCAAGAGAAGAGGGAACGCAGACGGAGAGCACAGGAGGCUGUUGAGGCUGAGAAACUCCGUCGGUCUUCCCGGAUGGGUGAUUCGAGGAGCAGUAGGCGUAGGAGGGGCGAUGGGGAUGAGAGUUGGGAUAGGUGGGACGGCCGAACGGCUGAGCGGAAGCGAAAAGCGAGGGAUUGGGCAACGUGGAAGGGGGACGACUACGAGGAAGAAGCGAGAUCUGAGGAAGAGGAUAGGUCGAGGAAGCGAAGGCGGGAUACACCUUCAAGGUCGCCGUCGAGGUCUAGGUCUAGAAGCAGGGAUAGAGACAGAGAUUCCCGAAAGAGGACUUCGAGGCGAACACGCGAUGACGACGAGGACGGGUCUUCCAGUCGCAAACACAGGCGCGAAAGGGAUCGAGACCGAAGUCGCUCACCUCGAGGCAAACAUGUUUCCGACUCCAGCAGUCGGAAGCGAGAGAGGAGCAGAGAUCGAAGACGAAAACGGUCUCGCUCUCGAGGUUAUUCACCAUCGACGUCUUCUCGUACGGCCCGUUCGGAGAGUCCUAAACGACGCUCUGGACGCGACCGUCCAAGUCGAUAUGCUCUUGAUGACCUCUCAGAUGACCUUCCACCGCGUCGAAGUCCUUCCCCCUAUCACAAAGAACACGAACGCGACAGGUCACCACCACCAACGAAGAAAUCCUCGCACAAAUCUAAAGACGAGGAUAGCCAAUCGUCUUCGUCCUCCCAUAAAUCAUCCAAACGGAGAGCGCGAAGCAAGAGCCGAAGUCGUUCUCGAUCACGCACGCCCUCUCCUGUGCGUUCCCGCCAAAUGUCCACCUCUCCCUCUCCUUCACCGUCCCGAUCAUCCACGCCUGGCCCCCUCCCUCCUGCUCAAGUACCCUCCAAGAUGGACAAAUAUUUUGAAGAAUCCUACGAUCCUCGACUGGACGUGGCGCCUCUUUCUGUACCCACAGUACCAAAGGAAGGCCUUAUCAGUGACGCAGAGUAUGACGGGUGGGACGCCAUGCUCGAACUUAUCCGUCUGCGAGAGCAGGACAAGGCGGAUAAGAAGGCGUUGGAGAAGCUGGGUUAUUCGUCGAAAGAGAUAAAGGAGAUGAGGAAGAAGCAGAAGUUGUCGGCUGGACCGAGCGGGAGUUCUAGUUCGGCGGAGGUUGCUGCGCGGUGGGGAGGUGAGACGGACAAUAUUAUGAAUAUAGAAUAUACGAAGAGGGGGGCGGUGAGGGAGUGGGAUCUCGGGAAGGCAGGGUUCUGA